AUGGACGCUGGCGGGUCGUCACAGGGUCGCAAUCGUCGCUCGGCGAUGCUCCCGGUGGUCUUCGCCCUCGGGAUUGUCGCAUUGUCGUCGGCGCUCCUGUAUCUGCAGGAAGCCGGCUCGCUAGGGAGGGGAGGAGGCCAGGGUAGCAACGCCGCUUGCGCCGUGUGGGAUGAUAAGGUGGUACCUCUCGAGGAGCAAAUGGCGCAUCUAGACCAGCAGCUGGCAUCUCUCACAGAGAGCAUCAGAGCUCACCAGCAGGCGUUGCUGGAUAGGGAGCAGGUACCGUCAGCUGCCACAGAUGCUGACGGGGCUGGUGCUGGCGCUGACGUGGCGUUGGGCGACGCUGACCUGGCACGGCCGGCACGGCGAGUGGCUCUUGACCUGGUUGAGAUCAUCGGCAAGACGCACCUGGAUGCUCCUCGGCUGAAGGAGCUGAUAGAGCCCAUGGCAAAGCGCGUGGGCAAGUGGGUGCAGGACAAGGUGCAAGACGCGUGCCAGCCGUGCCGCCCCUGCAACUCCACCAUCGUCCUCGUGGGCAAGCCCUGUCGAGUCAACGCCUUCCCCACUACGUGCCAAAGGAGGCUGUCCCCUGCUGAGGUGGACGACGAGGAGGAUUUGGAGGGACCGGGCGAUGAUAGGGUGGAGGGAGAAGGGGGGGCAAGGAGGAGGAGUUUAUUGGGCUGGAGUGGAGAUGAUUUGGAAGGGCCGAGUGAUGAUAGGGUGGAGGGGGAGGGAGGAGAGGUGGUGGGAGCAGGAAGAAGGAGUUUAAUGGGUUGGAGUGGGGAGGAUUUGGAAGGGGCGAGUGAUGACAGGGUGGAAGGGGAGGGAGGUGAAGUGGUGGGAGAGGGAGCAGGUAGAAGGAAUUUGUUGGAGUGGAGCAGAGACGAUUUGGAAGGUUCGGAUCAUGAGAUAGUGGAGGGGGAGGGAGGGGGCAGCUACGAAGGGAGAGUAAGAGGGGAGGCAGAAAGAAGGGAGCUGGAGGAGGUGGAAGGAGGGGAGGGGCAAGAAGGGUACCCUGAGGAAGGGGAGGGGCAAGAAGGAGAAGCAGAGGAAGGGGAGUCGGAGGGUGGACGAGGCAGUGGGGGACGGUCUCUCUUGCAGUGGGGGGGCUGGGGGGGGAAGGGCAAGGCGGGCAAGGGCGCACAGGAAGGCGAGAGUGUGUGCAAGAGGGUGUCGCCGUUACACGCCAUUCUAGCAGCGGAGUCGGUGGGGGAGAGGCGGCGAGUGGUGAGGGAGCAGGAGGAGAGCGAGAGGAAGCGGCCGCUGUGUCGGGACGGCACGGCUCCGGGUUACUGGAAGGACUACAGCACGUGGGAGCCUUAUGGCUGCCGCUACAGGGAAUACACCAAGAAGGAGGUGCGGGCGUGCCUGCGCCACAAGUGGGUGCACUUUUUCGGCGACUCCACCACGCGCCACCUGGCCGCCGAGUUCUCCCGCCUCGCAGGAGUGCAGCGGCGGGCGUGGGACGCGGACAAGAACCGCACGGCCCUGAUGGAUACGGGCGAUGGGGACGAGAACUCACCGCUCCCAAGGAUUACCUAUCUCUUUCGGGGGAAGAUGGCUCACCAGCGGCACCCAAUUGCCGGAGUGCCCCCUGAGAGGGAUCUGAACAACGACUUCUUGGAGGCCUUCAGAGACCCCAAGGCAAAGCAGCCGGACACCAUGGUGAUGAGCAUCGGGGCGCACGAGGUGAUCGGGUGGACGAGGCGGCCUCCGCCGGACCUGGACUUGCGCACGUUCAAGCGCGACACGGAGGAGGCGAUUGCUCUGCUCAAUGGCACCUUCACCCGCGGGCGCCUCGUGUGGUGGAAGGCCCACUACAUCUGGCCAGGGAAAGUUGUAGGGCAGGAUUAUUUCACAGUGCGCACAUUCCACGAGCUCUACCAGGCAUAUGCGUACAGGCGCAUGGCACAACAGGGCUACACCAUGAUGGAUCUUUACCAGACGACUAAGGACAGAUACGACCAAGUCUUUAGAGGGGAUGGAGCACACUAUGAGGACUCCCCUCCCAGGGAUGUGACGGACGCUUGCAACAGCAGCGCGAGCAGCGACAAUGCGGGUCGAACGCACCGCAAGGAACGGAAAGAGCGUAAGGAGCGGAAGGAACGGGAGGAAGGGAGUGAAGGUUCGGAGGGAAGGCACCGGGAGGAGCGGAGGGAGAGAAAGCACGGAAAAGAAGAUGGAAAGGAGGAGCUGGUGGAGAGAGAGAGGCGCGUGGAAGAUGGUACGGGGAGCCUGGGAAAGGAGGGGUCACACGCGGAGGGGGAGGAGGAGAGGGAGAAGAGGGAGAAAAGAGAGAGGAAAGAGAGAAAAGAGAGGAGGGAGAGGAAGGAGAAGAAGGACGGAGAGGAUAGAAAGGAGAAAAAGGAGAGGAAGGAGAAGAAAGAGAGGAAGGAAAGGAAUGCACUGACGCCCAGAGCAGGGGAUCUGAUGAGCCAGAGGGGACGGGGGUUUGAGGUUCCAGCUGGUGAGCUGAGGAGGACCAGGAGCGGGGGUACGCACCCGGACGGGGUGGUGGAGGAGCAGGAGGAGGGGAAGGAGGGGGAGAAGGAGAAGGAGAAGGAGAAGGAGAAGGGUUGGGGGGGAGAAUGGGGGAGGAGGGAAGGGGAGGUAACGGACGGGAGAAGAGGGAGAGAAGAUGGUGAGAUGGAUGGGGCGAAUGGGGAGAGCAGAGUAAUGGGGAAUGCAUAUGGUGCUGCAGAGGUAGCAGCGGCAGCCGGCGUGGCAGGAGCAGCCGGCGUGGCAGGAGCAGCAGGAGCGGUUAAGGAGCUUCUCACUCGCCAGGCGAAACGUGAGGGUGAGUUGAAAGAACGAGAGAGGCGAAUCCGCGAGCUGGAGGAGGGGAGAGUGGCUCUGGAGAGCGAGAGAGCGCGGGUGCAGGAGGAGGGGCGGCGAGCAGCGGCAGAGAUGCAGCGAUUGGUGGAGCAGAAGGAGCGUCUGGAAAGAGAUCAGGCACGGUUAGAGGCGGAGAAAGAGCAAUUGGAAAGGGAGAAAGAACAGCUAGCAAAUGAAAAGAGCCAAGGUGAGGAGGAGAAGCAGCGAUUGCAGGAGGAGAUGAGGCGAGCAGAUGAGGAAAAGAAGCAGUGGGACGAGGGGAAGAGGCAGUGGGAGGAGGAGAGGCAGCGACUGGAGGAGGAGGUGGAGUAUCUAACCCAGGAGCUGGAAACCGAGCAGGAGAUCGCAGCAGAGGCUGCUGAGAUGGCGCAGCGGGAGUGGGCGGCGCGGCAGGAGGCGCUGCGCCAGCUGGCAGAGGUGGAGCGUGAGCUGGCGAUGGAGGCGAGCGAGGCUGACGUGGCAGCAGCUGCUGCCGCUGCUGCAGCUGCAGCGAGAGAAGCAGUAGGAGCAGGAGCUUCUGAGGGAGUGACUAGCACCCUGAAUCAGAGCGGAUCUCUUGAAGAAUCAGCUGCGGAUUUGGCCUCUUCCGUUCGAUCACUCUCAUUCAAGGACCAGGCCACUGAAGCUGGUAGGGUUUAUGAGCCUGCUCAAGAAUCAUCGCUCGCAGGACAAGGUACUGAAGCUGGCUCUGACCCCUUAGCUGAAUCUGGUAACCCCUCAGACCCCUCUGACCCCUCUGACCUCCCCUCAGGCUUCUCUGGUUUCGACUUAAAACCGUCUGAACCAGGCCUUGGACCAGCACCGCACUUGACCGCUUUCCCGACCUCUCAAUCUCUCUCUGCCGCUGCUUACUCUGCCGACCAAGCUCACCACCCUAGUUCUCACCAUCCCAGGCGUGUAGGCUCGGCAGCGCCGAAGCUGGACGUGCUGGCUCGGAUACGAUCCGCCACCUUUGUCCUCCGCAACAGCAGCAGCCUCUCCAACACCCCUCUGGGAACCACCCCUUUGGCCUCCCCUGGCUCAGACCGAACCACAGCGAGGUUCGGUGCUCGCCCUCCCCUGCGCCGGCGCUGCUUCACCGGCAUCAAUGCCACCUCGCUGCCCCCGUCCUCUUCCGUCCUCUCUGCCGCCUUUCCCCUCUCUCCCUCGUCCGGUGCGGUCUUGUCCGGAGGGGGAGCGGCAGUGGGGGGAGAGGAGGGGUUUGAGUACUGCGGGGGUCAGAGCAAGGCGUGGAGAGCGGUGCACUGCGGUGGCUUUGUGCACGUGCUGCUGCAGCUGUCGCUGCUCGGCGUGAAUCGGCUGGAGGAUUGCGUUGCAAAAGCAGAGGCGGCACGGGUGGCGACAGACAAGACUGCAGCAGCAGCAGCUCUGGCAGCAGCAGCAGAAGUAGAAGCAGCAGGGAAAUAUCUAGCAGUGUGCUCCGCUGCUGCUGCUGCUGCUGCUGCUGCUGCUGGCUCUGAUGUUGCUGGGCCCUCUACGGCUUCUGCCUCAGGUUCCUCUGCUGCUGCCAGUGCCCCUGCCUCUGCACCUGCGUCCGCCUCUUCUGGUAUCUCUGCUGGCUCGGCUCUGCUCUCAGUGCUCUCCUUCAGUCGGCUGUUUCAGCCUCUUGCUGCCGCUGCAGUCACGGCAGCAGCUGCAGCAACACCAGGCUCAGCAGGCGCAGCAGGAACAGCGGGCAGCAUUCCUGAGGAAGGGACAGAGCUUGUAGAUCUCAGUAGCAGCAACAGCAGUGGGAGAUUAUCACUGAGCAACCGCAAUACCGCUGACAGCAGCGGCAGCGGUGGCAACAGUAGCGUCGGUGUAGGCAAGGCUUGGCAAGAGGCUCGGGAACAGGAUCCAGAGAAGGAUCAGAAGCAGGCUCGGAAGCCGGCUUGGGAGCAGGCUCGGAAGCUGGCUUGGGAGCAGGUUCGGAAGGCUCGGGAGCAGUCAGUAGAAUUAUACGUGCUGGAGCUACAGGCUGAAGCUCUGAAGGCUACAGCCGAGGUGCUGAGGGAAGAAGCUAGUGUGGAAGGGAGGACAGUGAGGCGGCUGACAAUGGAGAAAAGAGAUUUUGAGGAGAGGGUGGCUGGGUUAGAGGCCACUCUUGUUUUUUUUAGGAAAGACACAGACAAUGCUGAUGCGCUGGCUGGAGAUACUGAGGUUCUUGGGGGAGGAGAGGCGGAGGGAGAAGGUAUGGUUGGGGAAAAGGAGGGGGCGAGGAGGGGAGAGGGGCAGGAGGAGGGGGGGAAUGUGGACGGGGUAGAUAAUGGGGCAGAGAAGGUGGGGGAGAGGGAGGAGGGAGAGGGUGUGGUUGCAAAAGAGCAUGGAUUAGAGAGGGUAGGGGACUGGAAGGAGGAGCAACCUGUGCAGGUGGGGGAGGGGGAGGAGGAAUCAGUGCAGAUGUCUCGAGAUGUGCUUCGCACGGCCGUUACAGAUACUCGGAAGCAAGCCGAAGCGCUUGACCAGGCUAUUCUUGCCAGCUGCCAAGCAAAAGAGGACAAGGAGAGGGAGAGGGACAUGGUGCUCCGAAGGCUGAGUGAGGUCGAGACAAGAAUCGCCGUCCUGAAGGCCACGGAUGGUGCCACCAUCGCCUCUGUUUCAGUGAGUCGGCUAACUUACCACAUCGGAGCCCAUCUGGAGGCCUACAAGGCGGCCGGCAAGGACGUUUCGUGGCAGAUUCACGACGACCGCGCGCUGCUGGCGCUGCAGGGCCCUCUCGCGGCGUCCACGCUGCAGCCGCUCGUGUCGGCGGACCUCUCCAAGAUGUCCUUCAGCGAUUUCACCAUGCUCAAGAUCGACGGCCACGAUUGCUUCCUCACCCGGACGGGCUACACUGGAGAGGACGGGUUUGAAAUUUCCGUGCCCAAUGAGAACGCACUGGCACUUGCCAAGAAGCUCCUCGAGGUUAGCGAGGGGAAGGUGAGGCUCACCGGCCUUGGCGCUCGUGACUCCCUCCGCCUGGAAGCCGGACUCUGCCUCUAUGGCAACGAUUUAACGGAGGAAAUCACCCCGGUGGAAGGCGCGCUUGCAUGGACAAUCGCGAAGAGACGGCGGGCAGAGGGGGGAUUCAUUGGAGCUGACGUGAUUCUGAAGCAGCUGGCAGAUGGGCCUGCAAGGAGGAGAGUGGGUUUGACGUCUACAGGAGCUCCUGCUAGGAGCCAUGUAGAGAUUUUGGAUAAGGAUGGGAAUGUUGUUGGAGAGGUGACCAGUGGAGGGUUCAGUCCGUGCCUGAAGAAGAAUAUUGCGAUGGGGUAUGUGAAGAAUGGGCUGCACAAGGCGGGUACAGAGCUGAAGGUGAAUGUGAGGGGUAAGGUGAAUGAUGCUGUGAUUACGAAGAUGCCGUUUGUUCCCACCAAAUAUUACAAGGCAUGA